CUGGUACUAGAAUCCAUCUGGUACCUGAAAAUUUUUCAAGGAGAAUGGAAGCUGCAAAACAAAAGAAACCUGCCACAGGGGAGACUCUGUUUAAGUAUAGGAAACUAGCCCCUUUUGUUUUCUGCUGGCUUUUGAAAAUGCUUGCCCUAUUCUAAGAGGAUAUGAAAGAACUUUAAAGGAAACUUAACAUAGACCCAAGAGGUCGGGCUGUGAUUUGAAACCUGUUUCUGAAAGAACAGCUGUUUAGGUUGUGCUAUGACAACAUGGGAGACUUAACUAUUGACCCGGGCCCGGUUGUGCAGUUUCCCCCUUCUAACACGGGGAAAACCAAUGGAGUCCUAACUCACCGUGGAGCCUCUAGAAACUCUCAGCAGAAGAGAGAAGAUGGAGAAACCUCAAGAAUUUCCCCUGGUUUUGGGUAGCAGAAGCAGAAGCAAGAAGAUCAGGACGGGUCUUGAUUCCUCCUCCCCCCCUCUCCCCACAGAGUCUCUCGCCCUCCGGCUCCUCCUCACCUCCCUCUUCCCCAACGCCAGCGCCGUGACCGUGGCAGCCAAGGUCCUGCUGGGCGACCUGGAGACCCACGCCCUGGACAGCCGCACGGGGGCCAUCCGUUUCCUGCAGCCCUGGGCCCAGGAGGGGCUGAGCCCCCGGGAGUGGCAGGACCUGGAGCAGGUGGCCGCUCAGUCCCUGGCCGACUUCGUCCGGACAGUGACCAAGAUAGCCCGGGAGCAGGGAAUAGACUACCCCUUUGUGGCCCAGGCCUCCAUCGGCUGCGAGCUGCGCCCCAAUGGCCCCUCCCGGGGCUUCUACGACAUCGCGGGCAAUGGCCAGGCCGUUGUCAGCUUCGACGAGGAGGCUGGCACCUGGGUGGCUCGCUCGGCGGACGGGCUGGCGCGUUACACCCAGGACCUGCUCAACAGGGACUGGAGCACAUCCACCAGGCUGCAGUAUUUUCUCAAAGUUUCCUGCAUCUACGUGCUCCAGACCUUUGCCCGACAUGGGAACGCCUCCCUGGCUAGGCGAGAGCGGCCCAUCGCCGUGGUGUUUGCCCGAGAGCCUCCCCCCACCGGCCCCCCCGCAUCGUUACUGCUGGUUUGCCGGGUCACCGGGUUCUACCCCCGGACCGUCCACGUGGCCUGGCUGCAGGACGGGGAGGAGGUGGGGCCGGGCCGGCAGCUGGACUCCACUGGGACCCUGCCCAACGCCGACCUGACCUACCAGCUGCGCAGCUCCCUGGCCGUGGGGCCGGGCGACGGGCACAGCUACACCUGCUGGGUGGAGCACAGCAGCCUGGGGGGCCAGAGCCUGCUGAUCCCCUGGGGGCAGAGCUGGUGCUGGGGCCCCGGCCUGGCUGUGGGCAUCGCCCUGGGAGCUCUAGCCGUAGCCACCCUGGCCGUGUUGCUGUGGCGGUGCAGACUCAGGGUCUACCAGGACGUCGGACCAGCCUCAGGUGACACCAGCCCAGGUGUGGGGACCGGCCCCUCUCCUGGGGAUCUGGAGCUUGUGGCAGGAUCAGGGCCUGGCUCCAGGGCAGAGGGCACCACAGAUGGGGCUGGAUCAGAGCAAUGCGAGAACGGGGCCUUGGGGGCCGGCUGGGAUUCUUCUCCAGUUGGGACAUUGGGGGCACACUGGACACGUGGACGCAUCAUGGGGUGGCUGAGAGCCAGGAGCCGCUCGGAGCCGGGGCUGCCCUGCACCAUUCAAUAAACCCUUCUGGGGGGGUGGGGUUCAGGAGCCAGGGUAACCCCAAUAACACUACAGUCCACGGGACGCCGGGAGGCCACUCCAAGUUGCUGGCUGGGCUGGGGCGAGCGGGGUAAACCCAGACUCCAGGGGUAGGAUCUGUCUGUCUGUCCUGUGGCAGCAGCGGGGCCGGGGGCCGGGAAAACGGCGCCCUGGGAGAACUGGUAUUUUGGCGCCCCUGGAGUUGAAGUGCGGCGCCGCAGGAGCGAAAACGUCAGACAUACAGCUGGGAUCGCCACGUUUUCUCACUCCCCGGGAAAUCGGACACACAAUGGGAGCGGAUUGUACGGAAACAAUAAAUGUUGUAAGUUGGACAAGCCUUAUAGCUCAGCGUCAAACCGAACCCCAAGCUCCUGAAUAGCAACAGGCACAAAACGUUGCUCCCCAAGGAUUGAGAGGCCGCGCUGGUGCCUUUGCUGCUGAAAACUCUACCGGGUCUUGUGCCUGGCGACACUGAGCCACAGUGGCCUCCGCAGCCGGGGUUGAACUGGAGUCGCAGGAGCUGCAAAGGAUGAGGCACCUCAGUGGGGCACUGGAAGGAAGCUCAGCUCUUUGGUCCCUGGGGUGCAGGGCCUG